CGAGAUGGCAAAGGAAGACAACGAGGGGAGGAGGAGGAGGAGGAAGACAAUGUGGAGGACAAGGCGAUGGCGGGGGAAGAUGACUGCGGGGAGGAGCGGGUGGAAGAUGGCGACGGGAAGGUGGGGCAGAUGGAGGAGGGCGACAAUGGGGAGGAAAGACAACGUGAAGGUGGAGACGAUGGAGGAGGGAAGGUGGUGGAGGAUAUGGAGGUGGAGGACGACGACGAUGACGGGACAAUGACUACGGGGGAAGACGACUGCGGGGAGGAGCGGGUGAAAGAUGGCGACGGGAAGGUGGGGCUGAAGGUGGAGGGCGACGAUGGGGAGGAAAGACGACCGGAAGGUGGAGACGAUGGAGGAGGGAAAGUGGUGGAGGAUAUGGAGGUGGAAGACGACGACGAUGACGGGACGAUGACUGUGGGGGAAGAUGACUGCGGGGAGGAGCGGGUGGAAGAUGGUGGCGGGAAGGUGGGGCAGAUGGAGGAGGGCGACGAUGGGGAGGAAAGACGGCAGGAAGGUGGAAACGAUGGAGGAGGGAAGGUGGUGGAGGAUAUGGAGGAUCCAAGCGAAUCUGUGUAAUAGUCGAGUGGAUGGGGUGACGAUUGUUGGGUCUUAGUGCUGGGUACAUGGCGCCUGAGAAUC